CAUCGAUUGUACACUUAGUAUUCGGAUGAACACAAUAUAGGCUAAAUUUUUAACAAAUUAAAACCGAAAUUUAUGUUAAAAAUUCCAUAUAAUAUAAGUACGGACAUUUCAGCAAAAGUACAGUUUAUCAUCGCCAUGGGAGCAUCGACGGUUAAGCCCUUUUCUGAAGCGGAAUGCAAGGCUAUCAAGAAGUUCAUGAAGAGUUACAAGAAGCACCAUGCCGACCUAGACGAAGACGAAGUGAAAAGGUCAGGAGAAAAUGCCUGGGGAAAGCUUUUGCCCCAUCAAAAGAAGUAUUUUGAAGAGAGACCUAAAGAAACCCCCGUAAAAAGAAUAUUGCCGGCUGCCAAAAAAAAACGUACUAACCAGAAGAAGAAAGCAGUCCCCAAAUGUCGUUAUCAUUCGAGAAAAAGACCCUUGGCCAAGCCCACGUACACUAUCGCGAAUCCUGCAAUGAGCCACGCCUUCAUAAGAUUUUUGCGAGAGUUCCAAAGGAGGAACGCCACCGGAGACGUAAAGAAAAGGCUGCAAAGAGCAGCCAAGAUGUGGUCAAAACUAUCUAAAGCUCAGAAAAACAAAUUUCGCACGGCGGGAGCGAGCAUAAGAAGGAAUGAGCCCAUCGUUUUUAGAUAAUAAAAUAAGAGUCUUCUGAAGAAUUAACAAGAAUAUGACCUGGACUUCUAAGCACUUUUUACAACCCGACUAAAUAAAUUGUAUUGUAUCAAGCCAACGUA